UCUUCUGCACAUCAGGCGAGUUAUUCCUGCGUUCAGUGCUGUCGUUUCAGAGUAUUUCAUUAUGUCUCAGCGGUUCUUUAAGGAAAAGAAUGUUGCUGCUGCUUACGCCAAGACGCGGCUCAAACCCCCGGCGUCACUGGUGAGGAGCAUCCUGGACUACCUUCGCAGUGGGUACGAUGGUCCCCUGAAAGCAGCGGUGGACGUGGGCUGCGGCUCCGGCCAGUGUACCCAUCUCCUGGCUCCUCACUUCACCUCCGUGGUGGGUGUGGACAUCUCGGAGGGGCAGAUUGCUGAGGCCGUGAAACUCAACGAGAACCAAGCAGUGGCCUUCAGGGUGAGCCGAGCUGAGUCAUUGCCAUUCCCUGAUGGCAGCCAGCAGCUGGUGACAUCAGGCCAAGCAUGCCAUUGGUUUGACUUGCCAGUGUUCUUUAAGGAGGCAGAUCGUAUCCUGGUGCCUGGUGGUGUGGUGGCCCUUUACUGCUAUGAUGAAGAACGCAUUGUGCAUCACCAACUGGCAAAAAAACUCAAUGGAGUAAUUGAUGAGCUUGUUGACAGCAUAUUUGCAGAGAUCUGGAAGGAAGGCAUCUAUGAUGUGAGGGGCCUGUAUCAAGAGCCCAAGUUUAACAUCCCUUACCCUGACUUCUUUAGGGACAAGAUACACAUCAGUGAGAGGGAGCUGACUGUGGAGGAAUUGACCAUCUUAAUAUCUUCUUGGCCAGGAAUCAGCAUAGCAGAGAAAGAUCUUGUUGAGUUCCAGGAAAAAUUCAUGUUGACUCUGGGAGUAAGCACCCAUCCUGAGCAUACCCCGCAUCCAACUGCGUAACAAUUUUCAGCUCAUCAUGGGCCGUAAACCUUCUGCCUAGACAGCACAGUGACAUUUUUUCAUCUUGGAGCUGCAAUGAUGCCAGAACAGUGCAAGGAAGAUAAAGAUAAAAGGAAAGGCAGGAUGAGGUAAGGUAGUAGUACUGGCAGGGUUAAGUUUUUAGAAGGGUUGAAGUGUGAAAACUCAGUAGUGGAAAUGUGAAAAAAAAUGCAUUGUACAGUAACAUCAGGAUGAAAGUUUUCAAGAAAGGAUAAACUAAAGUAAUGGUCAGGGGACAGGAAAGUGUAAAGAUAUCUCAUGUAGAGCUUUAAGAUGCAGCUUCCAUGAGUGAUGAGAGUAACAUUAGGAGUAAUUUUUCUCUCUCUCUCUCUCUCUCUCUCUCUCUCUCUCUCUCUCUCUCUCUCUCUCUCUCUCUCUCUCUCUCUCUCUCUCUCUCUCUCUCUCUCUCUCUCUCUCUCUCUCUCUCUCUCUCUCUCUCUCUCUCUCUCUCUCUCUCUCUCUCUCUCUCUCUCUCUCUCUUAAUGAAGCUAAUAUCAGUAAAACAUAUUUCCAUUUCCCAGUUUUUCAUAGAGAAAUAUGAUGUUCUUAAUCUAUCAUACAGUGUUUUGAUUCCUUCUGUGACCAGAAUCUAUGGGGCUACUUUGUAUGUACUGUAUGAAUAAUGAUCAUGAUAGUAAUAUACAGUAUAUACUGAUGCAUAUACAAGAUAAAGAUUUAGGCCAUAGUAAAGUAAAAAUGCUCAAAUGUAUGUUAAGCCUUAUCCAGUGACCAACUAUUGAAAAGUGUUUUUAAGAUAAUGUAAUAAUAUGCUUUAAUCAAUUUAUUGGUUUCAGGACUUCAUUAAUUAGAGUGUUUAUAUUUAUAUUCACUAAAAUCUGUGCUGACUGGUAAUCUGGAAUGUGCUCCAAAAAUGUCUGAGCUUCCUAUGUGCUGAUAGCUGGACACUGGCAAGGGAGGGGAAAUGUUUGUAGUAUGGUUAAAUUGUGGAUGAUGUAUUAUUUUGAUCCUUCAUUGCUCAGCAGGAGGCCUUUAUCCCUAAACUAUAUCAAGAUAUAGUUUGUCUUUCUUUAGUACUAGCACUAACAUGUAGUUUUGCUUCUUCUCAUUCAUUGUGGACUUUUAUUGCAUUAAUGAUAAAUAUAUAUAUAUAUA